UUUAAAUUUAAAUUAAGUUUAAUAUAGUUUUUGUUCAGUAUAGGUAUAUUAAAAUGUCUGAAGAUGCAAGUGGAUCAAAGAUGGAUGAAAAAGUGUCAGCUGCAAUGACUCAAUGUUUUGAAAAUUAUGUUUUAGUAGAUGUUGGAGCAAAUCUUACUAAUAAAAAAUAUAGUCGAGAUUUGGAUAGUGUUAUACAAAGAGCUAAAGAUUCUGGAGUUCAGAAAAUUAUGGUGAAUGGAACCAGUAUACGUUCUAGUAAAGAGGCUCUACGUCUUACAAGAAUUUAUCCUGGUAAUUUAUAUUCAACUGCAGGAGUUCAUCCUUAUGAUGCCAAAUCUUGGGAGGAUCCACAUACAUUAGAAGAAUUAAAAAGUAUUGCUAAUAAUCCAGAAUGUGUUGCUGUUGGAGAAUGUGGAUUAGACUAUAAUAAUUUUUCAGAACCCAAUAUUCAAAGAUCUGUAUUCCAUAAACAAGUAGAACUUGCUUGUCGCUUAAAUAAGCCACUUAUAAUUCAUGAGCGAGGUGCUCAAGGAGAUGUAGUGGAAGUGUUAAAUCAUUAUAUGGAUCGGUUACCACCAGUUCUUAUUCAUUCAUUUAUUGGUACAGCAGAAGAAGCGCAAAUUUAUCUUGAUCAAGGUUUUUAUUUAGGAAUAACAGGAUACCUCUGCAAAGAUAAAUCUAAUAGUGGUGUAAGACAAUUGCUAGAAGGUGGUCAAGCAUCUCUAGACCGAAUCCUUGUAGAGACUGAUGCUCCUUUUAUGUAUCCGAAUACUAGAGCUAGUAAAUUGCCUGUUCAUGUGAAGGGUGCAUUAACAGAACGCUCUAUGACUUUUCUUCAGCGUUACUGCACAUUUCAACGUAAUGAACCAUGUGCUUUGCCAGCUAUUGUGGAAAUGGUUGCUGCAUUUAUGCAUAAAACACCAGAAGAAGUCGCGCUUGCUACUGCUUUCAAUGCUCUUAAACUGUUUGGUCUAAAUCAAUGAUAAUCGAUGGUGAAAUGUAAUUAUAUUUCUUUUUAAUAUUGUCAGAAUCUUAUGAAUCAUCAAUUAUUAAUACAGUUUUGAUGUUUGAAUACUGAUUGAGUUACU